CUCCCGUUCAUUCUCCGCUCCGCUCAAAUCCCUUUCUCUCGUCUCGUUAAGCCACCGCGCCCUCUCCGUUCCUACAGAACCUGUAUCAUCACCAUCAAACCAUCAUCCAAGAGAUGAGUAGUCGCGGCGGUAAAUUAGCCCCAGAAGUCAAUCGAGCUCUGUUCGUAAAGAACUUGAGUUACAACGUCACUCCGGAAGAGUUGUUCGACCUUUUCGGAAAAUUUGGCCCAAUUCGCCAGGUUCGACAGGGUAUCGCCAACAACACCAAGGGUACCGCCUUCGUUGUCUAUGAAGACGUAGCCGACGCCAAGCAAGCCUGCGAUAAGCUCAACGGCUUCAAUUUUCAAAACCGAUACCUCGUUGUUUUAUACCACCAGCCCGACAAGAUGGCCAAGUCAAAAGAGGACCUCGAAGCCCGCCGGGAAUCUUUAGCUCAGCUCAAGCAACAGCAUGGCAUCGAUUGACAAUCCGACCGGUCUGUGGAUAGCCUGCCUAGGAACUCAAAAUCCUCGUCUGCAGGCCGGUCUUCGUCUUCUCCCAAAUUUCCUUCGCCGGAUCCGAAGACGAUCCUCCGAAAAGGCAGGACCCCAACCAAAGCAACUGCCAAGAGCCACGCAUCCUCCCGAGUCGUCCGUUUCGAUGA